AUGGCUAUCAUCGCCACCGUACUCAUGCUCAUUGCAGUCUUUUUAUGCUCAGUCGCCUUUCGAUACUUCAUUUAUACCAUUGCCAUUACAGGAUUUCUUAUAGGAGCUAUGGUGACAUGGAUGAUAUUGACAGCAGCCGAACCAUUAGACCAUGGGUAUCCACGUGCUUCGGUGGUCUACACUUGUGGUUGUUUUGGUGCUGGAGUAAUACUAGCUACGGUGCUCAUGUUUUAUUGGCGUGUGGGACUUUAUUUUCUGCCAGCAUUUGCCGGCUAUAUGCUAGCCAUCUUUAUUUGGUGCUGGAAAGACGACUAUAUCCUACUCAAUGUCUAUGCAAGGCAAUUCACUAGUGUCGGCUUUGCUGUGGGUGGUGUCCUCCUUGCAUUGGUGUGCGAGUUUAUUACGGUGAUCUUGUCGAUUUCAUUCAUGGGUGCCUACUCUUUCAUGUUUGCCCUUGAUUUAUUGAUCCAUGCGGGUAUGGUGGAUGGCCCACGCUUCAUGCUUGAUUUCAGACCCCACAUUCAAGAAAAACAACAUUAUCACCUAUCACAAAAGGUAUAUGCCAUGCUCGGUGGCAUCCUCGGCUUAUGGGUCAUGAGCAUCAUUUGGCAACUCGCUUAUAAUCGUGGCAGACGUUUUGGUGUUCAAAUUGUACCCAAGAAAGACUAG